AUGGCCCCAAGCCGCCCUCCUCCAUCAAAUCUCCCUCCCUGCAUUCGCCGCCCCCCUCCACCCUCCGCCUCCGCCGCCGCCUCUGCCGCCUCUGUCUGUCAGGCACAGCCCAUCCACCACCUUGCCGCCAUCCCAUCUCACCCCCAUCUCAACCCACCAUCGCCUCACCUCAUCUCACCUCAACCUCGCAAAGAAAGCACACAUGGCCAGAAGACUCACGAACACACCCACUCUAUCGAAUGCCAUCCACCCCCACCCGGCCUGGCUCUCCCUCAACCCACUCAAACCUCCCUUGCAUCGUGCCUGCUUGCCCUCCCUCCAGCAUCACCCGUCACCAUGCCCGUGCCCGUGCCCACCGUCCCCGAGUCCCGAACCACGCCACACCCGCCAUGUCGCGUUCCCGGCCGGCCACAGCCAGCCGGCCAUGCGCGUCGCGGCCGCGGCGGCGCUCGUGUCUCCUGCGACCUUGCAGGUUGGCUUGCUUGCUUGCUUAGCUUGCCUUUGCACCUACAUUACCCCCGGCGGCGCCACCCCAUCUCGCCCUCUCGGCGCCUCCGUGCUGUGCUCCGAGCGCCGCACAGCACCUCCGCCUUCACCUUACCUCGCGGAUUUGCUCUAGCUCUGCUCCGGCUCUGGCCCUGCUCUGGCCCUGCUCUGGCUCUGCUCUCUGCCCGGUCUGCCCUGCCUCCGUCGACGUCAAUUAGCUCCAAAAAUGACAAUGCCUCGCAAGUUCGCUCAGACGUCUCCAACGACCUCGUAGCUACGCGGCAGCGUCUCCGUUCCUCGGCCACGCACCUUGUCGUGGGACAGGUCAUCCAUCCAGUUCCAUCUAGCCCCAUCCCACCGCAGGGCAAGGAGCCAAGGAACUGUGACAGCUGGCGAUGCGCGCCAACGCCGCCACUCCUGCGACCACCCGCGUUCCUGCUCACCUGCUUCACCCCGUUGCCUCAGCCCAUGCCAUUCUCCUGGCCGCUUCGCCACCCACCGUACUACACGGCUAUGACGGCCUCGGGCUACAGCCAGCACAAUGUAGAUCCAAUGUCUGGCGAAUCUCCUGCAUCGUCGUCUUCCUACCGCUCCGCCAUCUCUCGCUCGCACUCGUCCCGUCCUGUCCAGUCGAUGGCCCGGCUCCCCUUCCACCUCCAGCACAGUAGCAACAGCCCACAUGCCUUCUCACACAUCUCCUUCUCCGCCAUUGAGCCUCCUUCGCCGCGUCCCUCCACACAUGGCCGCCGGUUUCCCGUCCCAUCGCCGGCCGAGGUCAAGACUCCCCCUCUGGCCGUCGCUGGCCGUCUUUCCCCAUCCCAUGUGCCCGACCACUCCCCUCCCAACUGCCAGCCGUCACUGACGCCGACCAAUGCAGCACGCCAUGCCGCUGAAACCCGUCUGAAAUUACCAUCUGAACUUGGUGGAAGAUAUAGAUAG